GACACUGAAGCCUGGAAAGAUGGAUGCUUUCUGUUAUGGACGUGGGAGUUAACCGUAGCUCACAGGACUGAAAUUUUUUCGGCUGUUUUCCUGAAUUAAAAUAACUUUUAAUGUAAAAGUACGGCAUACAGAAGAAAGGCAGAUAAGGCCCAUUACAAGCAGUGAAAGCUACAAACCUCUGCCGUCCCAAAAAGGCUCAAACAAGGCCAGGCUUUUUGUCCAGAGACACUAAUGCUGGGCUAACAGCGUUAGCUUUCCAACUAUGCCACGAAAACGGACCAAAACAAGUUGUAGAAAGAGCAGAACUUUAGGGAGUUAUCCAUAUUGAAAUGUACCGAACUUAUGACUUUGUAAUGACUAAAGUUACUUUAAAGACACAACUUGGAGACAACUUUGAAAACCUUAUCGAUGGCUAAGUGCUCUGGCUAGUUAGCUUUGCGGUUUGAUAUCAGGAGGACUUUCCAGAAGAUUUUUUUGUUUUGACUCCUCGAUACUCUACAGGUGGGAACACGAAUAGCAGCUUGGGAUAACGAGACUGCGCAUGCGCAAGAAUUCCUAAACUACGCUGCCUUCAGGGGUUGUUGGAAAUGUUACUGUGUGGAUGCUUUCGCAAGUACACUGUGUACACUUUAAGUUAAACGACUUAAUAUUUUGCCUCUAAAACGAAGACCUCUGCCAGACUAAAAGGCUAUGUAGAAGAUAGGAAAGGUGGCUAAUAAGAAGCCCCCGAAAGAUGAAGUCUGCACGUGAAGGCUACUUCACCUGAGAGUCUUUGCGGAGGGAAUAAUAAACCCAUAAAUCAAAUAACGCUAACAGUUGAUCUACCAAACUCCUCAUGUCUAGAGCAGGAAAACUGUGUUACUGAAAAUGUUUCACAGAAAGGGACACCAACUGGAUGUCUGAUUGUGACCUUCUGGGGACAAACUGUUUGGAAACACAACCAGUGAGUUUACUUCACUGUAACUGUCUUUACCUGUCGUGUUUGCUAAGCGCAUGAGUGAGGUAAGUAACACUUCCUGGCAGCAGAGUGUAUAGGCUACCGUUUACAUUGGUUUAGGUAUUUCAAACAUGUAAAAGAUAUAUGAUCAUCAAAUAGACGGUCAGCAUAAAGACAUGUUUACAAAUGAUAAAAUGAAAUUGUCUGUAUAUUAGGGCAUGUACUGUGCGUUUGAUGAAUGAAUGGUUUUAAUGAUUGAACUGAAUGAUUCUUUGCAAUGCUUAUCAAGACCUACCCCUUAUACCAUACAUGGAGUAAAAUUAUACAGAUACACUCUCUUUAUACAAUUAUCAACCCUUACAUUUAUAUUUACUCUUCAAAUCAGAUAGAGUAAUUAACAUGCUUUACACCUUACAUUAAUAAUCAUACACCAUUUUCUCUACAACAUUGAGAAAUGACAUUAUUCUGGUAAAGUUUUUAAAGCUUACCAGAGUUCUACAUUUUCUCAUUUCUACCGGACAGUUGUUCCUUAUUUUCACCCCCUUUACAGACACACAAGGCCACAGCCUCCUAGGUUGUAAUUAGAGCCCCUUAGUUUAAACAGGUUCUGGACAUGUUGGGGUAGGGCUAGGUUUUUGGCUUUGUACAUGAUUUGUAUUGUGAUGUAAUCUACUAGGUCUUUGAGUUUUAAAAAAUUUAAGGAAGUAAAUAGGGGAUGAGUUGAUUCACAGUAAUGUUUAUUGUAGAUGACCCUUUUGUAAAAGAAAUAUUGGGUUUGUAUGUGUUUUAUAAGUGUUUCCCCAAAUCUCAAUGCAAUAAGUCAUGUACAGAGUUAUCAGGGAAUAGUAUAGAGUGGCUAACCCUUUUUGUGAAAGUAAAUCUUUGGCUUUAUACAGAAUGGCGAUAGAUUUUGACAUUUUUGAUUUAAUAUGAUUUAUGUGUGAUUUACGACUAAGUUUGUUAUCUACAAUGACCCCAAGGAAUUUAUUCUCAGUUACUACUGUUCCCUUUCCUGUAAUUUAUAUGUCAGGUUAAUCUAAACAAAGUCAGAAAAUAUCAAUUAUUUCUACUCUAAAUAAAGAUUGUCUUACGCUAAAGUCAUACAAGUGUAAUUGCAUUUGUCAAAUGUUUUGUUUUACGUUCUCUCUGUCUCAUCCAAAGUUGUAAGAAACAAAAGGCCACAGUUUCUAUUAGUCAUUUAGUCAUUUUCAGACAUCAGGAUCAUAGAUUUUCUUGCCUGGAGAACAUAGGAUUUGUUUGCUUUUGCUUUAUUUCCUCUGUAUCUUUUCUCUCUGUUUCACUUAAACUCAUUGAAGUAUUUUUUCUUGUGCAAACAUUGUGUCACCCCUUUUUUUUAAGAUUGUAUGUUUUACUAUUAUUUUUGUAAGAUAGUCUUUUAGGGGGAAAAAUCAGAUGCCUGAUGUUAUUAUAACUCUGUAAUGGGUCCCUCUCUGAACAGAUUUGUCCACGAUGUCAGCUGAAUCUAAGACUUUUGAAGAUAUCAGGGCAGCAGUCCUAUCAUGUCACAAAAGUUGCACGUUGCAAGAUAAGAUGAAGUUUUACGACUCAUGGGCAGAGAACUAUGACCAGGUAAGAUAACUGAUAUCAUGCAGUUCAAAAUUAAGUUGAUACUGGCCAAAAGUGUGUCCACUUUGUUUGCUCUUUCUUGCUGUAUCUAGCUUAGUAUAGUUGUACAGUGCUUUCUCAUCUUAGCUCUGUGUUCUUUUAUAAAUUUGUUGGAAUAGGACCUGGCUAUUCUUGACUACACUGCACCAUGUGUGGCAGCAAACAGGAUCUCAUCACAUUUCAGCGGUGAUCGAGAAGCAGCUGUUGUUCUGGAUGUGGCCUGUGGUACAGGAAUGAUGGCCCAGCAGGUAAACACAUUUCUGAACCGACAGCCAGCCCAAAGGAAAAAAAACAAAACAGGAUUUAACUUCCCCAUUAAUGCACAAUGUUUUUCAUGAAAAAUUAAGUAUUUUUGAUGAAUGUUAAAUAUCUGUCUUCUUUCUGUUACUAAACCCAUCACCAUCAGUGAAUGUGCUCUUUAAACUGAUUUGACUAAUCAAUAACCACCAGCGUCUUUUUCUCUGUGCAGAUGAAGAGACAUGAAUUUGAACGUUUUGUGGGUGUUGAUGGAAGUGAGGGGAUGAUGGAAGUGGCUAGACAGACCAAGCUGUACCAGGACCUUAAGCCGUGCAUGCUCGGGGAGGAACCACUCCCUGUCCUGUGGGGUAAUUUAAUGCAUCAUUAUUUCAUCAGUAAUCUUUGUCAUUCAGGAGUGACGCUCAUGAUGGUGGUUUAUGAUGGUUCUCUGUGCUCAGAUGAAAGUUGUCACAGACACUUAGCCAUAAAAUAAUAAUAGAAGUAAUGGUUUUUUAUGCUGCAUUAAGUAAUGGAGCUUCUCUCGGGCUCUCAGGAUGGGGGAUCCAUCUACUUGGGGAAUAAAUACUAAAAGCAGCCUUUCCUGCUUUGAGUUUAAACACAGGAUGGUACAUUUAAUAAAAAACAUAAAAACACUGCUUGUGGACUUGAGAGUUUAAGCUGGACUACACCUGACUUGCAUUUCUUUAUAAUAUUGGAGCUACGCCAUUUAGAGCUCUGUACACAAGCAGUUAAUCCUGUCUGUCCAUCUGUGAUCAUAGUGUAUUUAAAAACUAACAUAUUGAGGUUAUUAAAUGUGUUGAAAUGAGUAAUUAUCUUUUAUUAUAGAUUAUAGUUCUUUUGGAACUUUUAGUGUCUCAUUUCAAAAUUAAACACCAUCUUCCUCACCUUCUCACCCUCACCAGGUUUGUUUGACUUGGUUGUGAUUGUCGGAGCGCUCAGUGUCGGUCAGGUCCCGGUCAGUGUGGUCAGAGAGUUGUGCAAGUCCACAAAGCCAGGUGAGAAUAUGUUUUUAUCUCUGUUUUUUUGUUAGCUUGACAUUGUUUCCCCUGUAGUUAUAAGGACCAUUUUCUCCAAACUAUAGAUGAGUUUAAUAUUCCUGCUGUGUCGCACUGUUUCCACUAGGUGGCUAUGUCUGCAUGACGACCAGAGGUAACCAGGACAACCUGGAGUAUAAAGCAGCUCUGGAGGCAGAGCUGAAGCAGAUGGAGGGAGAGGGACUCUGGUCUUGUGUUGAGGUUACUGAGGUGGAAAAGUGGGAAAGGGCAGUGUCAGAGAAAGAGGAGGGCUACAUACCAGGUACUGUUUAUCUUUAUAGAAGACUAUAGUGUCUAACUAUGAACUUGAGUUUUGCUACAAGAUACAUGCUGGACAAUGAUGUGACCUUAUACCUGAAAAGUGAUAUCAAAAUGACACAACACAUCCUGAUUACUCCCCACGCUCUUCAAAUGCACUUCAGAGAGUGUCCGUGUGUGUUUUUGUGGUUAUAAAUAUAAGAUCUGAAUAUUUCCAUCUCAAGAAUCAUUUGUUCUUUUUAUACUGCGGGUUGAUAACAAAGCUUCACCAUCAGUGCCACUUUGUACUUUAACAGUGAAUAGCAGGAUAUUAAUGCCACAAUGUGUGACAGUGAUGGUGCAAGCACAUGAGGCAUGCCAUGUAAAUUCACAGAAGGAGCUUCACAUGUGCACACACACACACACAAAGCAGUGCUCUGCCAUGCUGAGUUUUCCUAUUUUCCUGGGACUCCUUCUCUCUUCGACUUUACCUCUGAAUCAAAACAGCAGCAGAUUCAUCUCACCAUAACUCAUCUGUGACAUUUGCAUUAAAAGGAAGGGAUUACAGGGCUGUAAAUAUCCCACCUUACACUAGUAUUAUGAAAACAUCCUCAGAAAGAAUUUUUCAUUUCUCAUUUCUCACCUCAGAGUCAUUUUGAUAGACUGUAUCCUUUGUUAAACUUAAAUGACUGUGGAAACAUGCGAAAAGAGGAAUAAAUGAAGGUGUCACCUCAGUGUGUUUGUGGUUCUGUUAUGUGUUAUUGGAAGUGAUGAAGCAAACUGUAAUUCAUGAAUAUGAAUAAAAAUCAUGCUCUUACUCAACACAAUGUUUGGAUCCAUAGAGGUCACAGGAGGUUACCAACUUUCUAUUUAAAACUGUUUAACUGGCAAGACCACAGAAAAAGUAGGCAUAGAAGGGAAAUAAGACCACAGAGGAUGUAUGAUUACCACACAGGGAUUCAGAAAGAGCUGUACUGUGUAUGCCUCCUGUCUUUUGUCAAACUUAUCUUAAUCUUCAGAAGCAAAAUAAUGAGGUUUUUCAUCCAAAAAGUAGAAAUGUCCAUUCAAUGCUUUAGGUACUGUUAUAGAUUAAGAGAUUUACCCAUGAAAUUAAAAAUUAUGUAUGGUUCAAAGAUAUGGAUUGAUUGUUUGUAAGUAGUGGCUUCACUUGUACUUUUAUACAGUCUGACACUCAAAAGAUCCUCAACAUAGACAAACCUCUGUAUGGCAUAAAGUGUCCAAAACUAUCCCUGAGGCAAUGGUUUCAACGGAGGAUAGGAGAAUUUCCACUUUUUACCAGAUCUGUGAAGAUCACUGACAGCUGAAGUUUAUAAUUCAAACAACAGGUUGCAGAUUUUUAAGGACCCUCCCCUCUUUUGCUCCAGUAUGUUUGAGCUGUAACUAUUAAAAUGUAGUGGUGCAGCCAAGGUUAUCCAACUGUGAGAGAAAAACUUUAUUAUAUAAUACUUUGUCUGUCAAUGUAAAAAAAACAAAAAAAAAAACACUUUUGUUUCUGAUCAGACUGGAUUAUCUCUGACCAAGGACACCUGUGCCUGUUUAGGGUUUUCUUUUUUUAUGUGAUUUUGAUUUUAGCUUAAAAAAAAUGUAAGCUCCAUUUUUACUCUUAAAAAAGUUUCUCUCAGUGAUGAAAAAGUCACCAUCACCAAGAAAAACUGACAAUUCAACAGAGCACAUUGCAAAGAGUUGAGGGUACAUCUCUCAACUCUUUCCAGCAGAGGGCACUGAUGUUAAACACAGAACAACAGUCCCAGUGUGAUGCUCAGAGAAAUACACCAUAAACUGCAUUCAAACAGAUGAGGAAAAAGGGGUUCGGGGGCAUUUUGUGGGCAUUAAUGGAAGCAAGCCAAAAAGAAAUUAGCUCAAGCAAUGUGUUUUGUUAGAAGAUCUGCAGCCUUUGCAACAUGAAAUGUAAUAAUCUUUGUUUUGUUUUUAUUUGCAUAUGAUCGCCUUAUUUGUUUUGCAUGUAAUUCCUGUGAAUCAGCCCUUUACUUUCACAGAGGAAGCUUAUUGUGCUCUGUUCAUUCCUCAGUGUUGCACGGCCACAUUUCUAAAGAAACUAGUUGGCAGCACAAGAAGAGGGCCUUCCUUGUUUUUAUGAGAUGUAGUGCAGUCUUUAACCUCAUGACAAGGUGCCCAUAAUCUUACCUACUACUCCUUUGUGUCCUGUUUUAAACAUGUGUCUGUGAUGUUGCCCAUUUGUGUUCAGUCAGAACACAAAUGCUACAUCUGCAAAGUCUUCAGAGAGCUAUAUGCUACAUCUGCAGACCAGAUACAAGUGUUGUAAUGUAGCCCCCAAAUGGUAAAUUUUACUUUAAAUAUUAUACAAAGAAAGUUUUGUAUAAGAGUUAUUUUUGAUUCUAAAUUUACUGUCCAAUACUUCCCUCUCUUGGGAGAGUCGUUGAUGUAACAUACAGACACAGCCAGGACAAUCUGGAGCACAAAGCAUCACUGGAGCUGGACACAUGGAAAAGGAGAGACUGGAGUUGUUUCACUGUCCAGGAGGGGAUAAACUGGUCAUGAUCAGUGACAGGGAGAGGAGAUAGCUUUAGGUCUAUGUACCUUGAUAAAAAAAAAAACUGUAUGUCACUCAGCUGGCGCAUUUCAUUCUUAUUGCCAGCAGCAGAUAUGGUAAAUAGCAAACAAGUAAAUACAAAACACUCAAAAAAUUCCUCACGCCUCAAGGGUUAAGUGUUCUUUUGAUAUUUUUAUGCUCCUACUGGAUUUUAUUGAUGAGUUUUUUAAUCCUUAACACGUGAUUUAACAGAGCCUGAUAUCUCUGCAGACUUGACCUCAGGAGGGCACUAUUUUAUAAGAUCAUGAUGAGGAUGAUCACAGUAUUGAAAACUAACAUCUGUCCUUAAAGGAACCUCAGUGUUGAGGCCUUCAAGGAGCUGUAUGCUCUAGAUCUACAACCAUAAACUAUCCAAGUCCAAAGGUUCUUAUUUUUCAUCAACUCUCCUAUUAAACCAAAAGCACAUUUAUAACAAUGUCUAUAAGUUAUUAUAAGCAUUCAUGACAGCUUAUAGCAGUGUUUAUGAAGGAAUAUAAGCUGUGAACAUAAUGCCACCGCUUAAAACACUUCAUAAACAUUCCUAUUAGCUGUUGUGAAUGCUUAUUAUUACUCAUAGGUGUCGGUAUAAAGGUGUUUAGAUGCAUUUAGAAGGCUGAUAGUGUAUUAGAAGAGGUAAAUUAAUAUAAGGCUUGUAUUGGGUUGUAAGAUCUUCUUCACCUGUCUGUGUUUUGUUAUAUUGACAGCAGAGAUGAUGAAAGAUGAAGCGAACAUUCGAGUAAACAAAGCCAACCGGGACAUAUGCUCUGUAAACACAAUUCACUGAAACUAAGUUUGAAUCCUCUCCAAACAAAUCAUGCCUCACUCUCUUAACACAACAUGCUUCCUAUCUAACCUGACUCUCUGUCAAACCAGUUUGUCCUGUGAAUUUUAAUUACCAGAGAGAGGACUGAGAGUCCAGGGGGAUACUGUCACCUUAGAAGGACCAGCUCUUUUCAGUCCAUGUGCCACAUGUUAAUGAGUUUUAUGCAUUUAUAUUAAAUAUACAGCUAUCCUCAUCAGAUUUUAGAAGUUUAUUGAAUUGUAAGUGUACACGUGUAUAUUAAUAAUAAAUGUUCAAAUGAAAUAAACACACAAUCACAUUUUACAGACAAGAUAAAAAGCCUUCAUCAGCUUAAAUUCAGGUUGCUAUUUGUCCAGCAGUAGCAAACAUGGCAAAGAGUCUGAGGUAAUGUGGACGGAUUCAUCCUCACACAGUGCGUAGAGUUUAAACAGAGAGGAAAACAGUCGAUCACAGUGUCAUGUUAGGAAGAACAUUUUAGAGAAAGAAGUCAACAAAAGCACACUUCACUUUCACCUGGAUUCAGCUUAGUCUUCUCAUAGUGCUAAAUAUAUAAAGCCUGUAUUAUCCUCGUCUCUUUAAUAAAAUAAACAUGCUGAAGUAUAAAAGCAGCUACACCUACAUGCCAGAUAACGCUGACUAACUGUCUUAUAAAGUGAGUAAACUUCUCCUUCUAAAUAAUGCUAAUUGUGUUAAACUUUCUUGUUGUGUGUGUUAGCACAAGUGUUCUUCAAAGAGUGUGUGUAAAAGUUAUAGGUAGGUUUUUGCUGGGUUUAAGGAAGCAUCCUCAUUGUCACUCUUGGCUGAUAAUUUAUCCUCCAUUUCCGCUCGUUUCAGCUGAGACUUCGUGGACGGGGCCUCGCUGUUUUCAGAUUUAGUCGACCCGGGUCUUUUCAUCUGGGAUUUUGUCGAUGGUGCCCACGAUCUCUCUGACUGUUGCCUUGAGCCCAGCACAGGCUCUUCUUCCCAGGGGGGCCUUGCGUACAUUUGAGACUUUGUGGACUCCCCCUCAUAGCUUUGAGACCUCGGAAACAUGGCCCUCACAGGCUGAGCCUUUGCUGAUGGUAUUCUGCUGUGAUGAGUCGGGAUUGACCCGUUGGAGGAGCGGACCACCAGGUAGCGGACGGAGGGGCUUUUGUCAUCAUUAUGGGCCUUUAGAGGGCAUGCGGAGCUGAUGAACAAACCUCCUCCCAGCAUCAGCAGAAGAGAUGCCCCCCAGCCGAUGUAGAGGCUGGCUCCGAUCUCCCUCCGCUGGGCGUCUAUGGAAGCACUGUAGAACUUCCUCACAACGGCCCCUGCUGCCCAUGAUGUGGGGAUCAAACACAGCAGCCCUGUGGCAAUCAACACCCCCCCUGCUGCUAUGGCCACCUUUCCCUUGACUCCGCCUCCUUCUUCAUCCAAAAAGCGAGUGCAUUUCCCCCCAAUAAAAGCCAAAAUGAGGCCGAUGCCCCCUGUUGCGAUGGCAAGGACAGUGAGAGCCCUCGCUGCCUGCAAGUCUGCACUGAGGGCGAGGAGAGACUCGUAAGGUUUACAUUGUAUCUGACCUGUACUCUGGACCACACAGGUCAUCCAGAUCCCCUCCCAGAUGGUUUGAGAGGUGACAAUGGUGCUGCCUACAAAGGCCGUGACCCGCCACAUGGGCAUGAUGCAGCUGAUGAUGACCCCGGCCCAACCCAGGAGGCACAAGGCGCUGGCCAGCAUCUGAAUCCCUAGAGAAGCCAUGAUGCAAAGUGUCCAGCACUGCUUGUCACAGAGUUUUGUCGAGUCUCCUCAGUGGAGUGUUUCAGCUUCCACUUCAAGUCUUUGUCCUCUUGUGUGUCUUCUCUUGUGUUUGUCAGUCCUUCAGUAUCUGAAGUUGCAGUUUUCACACGCCUCCAUCUCUGAGCGUUUCUUCAACUAUUUCUUUUCUUGCCACAGUUGCGAUAUUCAAAGUAUCUAUCCAAUGCGUGCGGAGUCCUGUCUGAUGGUUUGAGUUGUCCGACAGCUUUAACCUAACUUUGAGGCGUGUCUCACUUCAUUCUCUGCUCAUUUGUUUACAGCCUACUUCCCUCCUUCUUUGUUCAGCUAAUGCUGUCCUCUCCUCCCCCCUCCUCUUCUCUCACCUGCGUCUUCUUUCGGUAUUCCUUCACCUGAGAGCGCUCUUUCCUCUCUGUCACCUGAGCGGCUGCUUGUAAGCUUCUGGUCAGGUGUUGAUGCACCACACCUACUCUAUUGGGGAAAGAAAGGGGAGGAGGUAAAAAAGAAAACAGGAAAGGGAGAGAGAGAGAAAGAGAGAGAGAGAGAGAGGUUGCUGUGAAACAAUGACAUCACCUAAUCCCUCCUUCAUUAUCUUCACCAUAAGAGAUUAUUUUAGGAACAAUGAGCUUUGGAUGAAACAGGAAGAAUGAUAGGCCUGUAGGCAAUGGAUUUGUUUACAAGAUUCAUCAUCAUGGUGAAAAGUUGUUUAAUAGUGUCAUCAUCUAUUUAAGAAACUGAAUUUCAUUGUAGAAAAAAAAACAGACAAAAAUCACGUUAAUCUGGCGUUAAUGUAUGUGUGAGCAGAGAGUGCAUAAAUGAACACACAUCAUGUGGAAAGGCAUCUUCUUUGUGCACAUAAAUGAAGGCGAGCAUGUGGUGAGUAUUCUUGAACAAAGGAGGAUGUGAAACACAAUCUCCCAAAACCUGUUUCAUUCUCACUGCAGCUUUUGUGUAGAAGAACCAGUUUGAAAUAUGCGAAACCCCUCCCCGCUGAUAUCAAACACACACUCACUCACGCACACUUACACACGCUAACCCUGUAAUCAGGCUCAAAAUAAUCUUUAAUCUUGCUGUCCUUGUGAAGUUCAGAGAGAUCAUUUUCUGUGUGAAAUCACCUUUUCUCCACAAUGCUAUGACUCAGUCAAUAUCAUCCCACCUCCCUCCAAAAAUCAAACUCUCUUCUUUCAAAAGCACAAAAAAAUGAUUUUAUUUCAUGAAAGUUUUUACAACAGUUAAAAAAAGGUAAUCCACACACAUGAAGUCAGCAGAGUUCAGUAUUGUUUGGUCAGUAUUAUUAUUUUUGGCAAGUUUUUGUCUUUCGCUUUACGUUUUUCAGUGGCACAAAAAUCCUAAAACAGUCUUAUAAUAAAAAAAUGAGUACUUAACAUUCAGACUUAAUCAAAAACCACAUCACUCAUUAUCUUACUAUCUCUCAGUCAUUUAUUUAGCACAGUUUCUUUUGCCAGGAGUGACAAGAAAAAUGCCACACAACCUGUUUUAAGCAUUUGCACAGGUGCACUUGUAAAACAGGAUUUUUUUCCGUUGUCAUCUCUGCACUAUAACUGUUCUUACAUUUGAAGACUGAGAUAAAAAGGCUUCAGAGAAAUAUAUUCUCACAUGCUCAAAUAUGACAUGAAUACAGCUCCAUUCAAACAGCUGAAUCAGACACACAAUCAUCAGAAAAUCAUCAGUAUUACUAAAAAGUAGUUACAUAGGGACCUGACAGGUAAGUUUCACAUUAACAUACAUUGUGUUGAAUUCAUAGUAUUGCUGGAUGUCACAUGUCAUGGAGAGAUAAAUAGAAAAACAAUAAAAAACUGACAGUAUUGAUAAAUGCGCGAUUCAGGAAGGAAAAAAACAGGGUAUCAAAAAAUACAUUUCACAAAUCAUGAUUAUGAGGAAGACACUGAGAGUGGAACAAAUGCCUAACUUUCACCAGAUCACACAGAUAUUCCUCAGUCAUGACACAGACAGAAGAUGAACUCUUAACCACGUCUCUUUCGACCAGAUUGUCCCACUUCCUUUACCUCCUGAAAUCUAAACAUAAGCCUUGCUGCUCUCAACAGACCGAGCCUUGGAGUACUUCACAUCAUAGUCGUUCUCGUCACUGGGGGGACAAGAGCUGCAGAGAAGGCCCCCGCCUAGGAAGAGCAGCCCUGCUGUGCCCCAGCCGAUGUAGAGCGAGGCCCCCAGCUCCCUCCUCUGAGCGUUGGUUAAGAUGGGGUUGUAGAAAUCACGGAUGAUGGUGUUGGCGGUCCAGCAGACAGGGAUGAGCACCAUCAGACCUGCGAUGAUGAAAACGAUACCAGAAGCGAUGGCCACUUUGCUCUUCUGCCUCUCAUCCUCCACAAAGUUGGUGCACUUGCCCCCCACUAUGCCGAGAAGGAUCCCAAAGGCCCCAACAAUGAUGGCGAUGACGACAAGUGCUCUGGCAGCCUGCAGGUCUUGAGGUAAGGCCAGGAGGGAGUCGUAGACCUUGCACUGCAUCUGGCCUGUGCUCUGGGUCACGCAGUUCAUCCACAAACCCUCCCAGAUCACUUGAGAAGUGACGAUAUUGGCACCGAUGAAGGCUGUCACCUUCCACGUGGGGAGAGCGCAGACGAUGAUGCUUCCUAUAAAGCCGAUGACAGCCAGGGCCAAACCCAGCAUCUGUCUUCCAGCAGACACCAUUGUGACACUGUGUGGAUCUCUCCAAAGAGCUCGGAUCUUGUGUAGCUGAGAGCUGGGGGAAUUUAGUAGUGCGAGAGACAAAGGAGGAGGCUUUAUUGCCCACUCAGAGGACAGGCUCACAGCGGGUUUCUUGCGUACAGGUUUUGUUGUCAGAGUUGAUGUCAGAGGAGGAGUUCUUCAGAACUGAAACUGGUUUGUGAUGAAAUGUUGUCUGACCACUUUGCUUUUACGACUAGUGAGAGGACAGCGGAGUUUCGUGCAUCAAGAGGAGAGGCACUCAAACAGGAAAAAAGUGAAGAAACCAGCAUACAAAAAACAUGAGGUUUGUUACAAGAAAGAGACAAUAUAGAGAGAUGUUACAAACUUCUCUAAAGUAAUGAGUUCUUUCAGAUCUAUUUAUUGUUUUUAUAUUUACAGAAUUUUCAUUUCAAACACCCAAAUAACAAAAUCCAGGGUUUGAAAUUUCCACUGAGAGCAUUUUCAUGGACUUGGGUGCCCCAGUUUUGAUAGGGUUGUUUCAGAGUCUUGUUUUUUUGUGUGCGUUUGUAUAUGUAAACAUCUUAUCACAAUUUCAGACACUGGGUUGAACCUAUCCCUUAAACAAACACAGCAGCCAUCUUAUUUCAGGAGCAGAAAAGAAACUGAACAGUUGUUCUCUCUCUUCUUUUGCUCCUGGAAAUAAGGUGGACGCGCCAUACCUGAAAGAGGAUCUUGGUAUAUUAUGGUACUAAGCCUCCUACCUCCCACAUGGAAAUUUAAUAAAUGAUAAAUAUCAGGAGCGUUCUUACCAUUUGUUACAUAAACAGCAUAUCCAUUGCUAUCCUAUAUAUACAUUUCCAGAAUUUCCAUAAAAAGACAUUUCCUUCAACAUCUUACACAAAUUUCUUCAACAUCUUAAAUCUUAUUUUUCUCUACAUUUUUGGUAUUAGUAAAUGUGCAGUUGACAGACAAUGGAGAAUCAUAUUGCAAGAUGUUGUGCAUCCCUGCAAACCAACAGAAUGAGUGUAAACAUAACUGUCUUGAUAAUAUAGCAUGCCAAAAAAGUGG